AUGGAUAGUAGGAACAAGAAGCUGACGGAUAACGAUCGGGCAUUCCAUGAAGUACCCAACGAGUGGCGACAUACUCGGAAUCGAGAUCCAAACAACCCCGAUGCUCUCUUCCCGGGAGUGCUGGGAGGGUGGAGGGAAGACCUGCAAGGUAAAGAAAGAAGGGACUCACGAUUAUUGAAGAGGGACAUUUUCGUUAAUACUAAUUUUGGGCAGGUGCAAGGUUUUAAGGUAUACAUAUACGACAAUCCUGACCCUGACUCAGGGUACAGGCCAUGGUUAACACCGGUGGAAAGGAUCCAGGGAGAAGCGUCAGUGUUUCUUGGCAUUCCAUAUGCUAGGCCUCCAGUUUUGGAAGGGAGAUUCAAGCCUCCUCGGCAGCAUCCUGGAUGGCAGCUAAUGCAGGCCGUGGACUGGGGCCCAGCGUGUCCGCAACCCGAGCGCUUCACUGGCGCCACAAAGGGCGUCCGCGAUAUGGAUGAGGACUGCCUGUAUCUAAACAUAUUCUCGCCUAAUACGGAGGCGGGAGCAACGGCGCAAAAGUACCCCGUAAUGGUCUACAUCCACGGCGGGCAGUUCAUGUCCGGGGCUUCGAACCUGUUCCCCGCGCACGUGAUGGCUGCUUUUUACAACGUCGUCGUUGUAUCCAUCAACUAUCGACUUGGAGCGCUUGGCUUCCUUUCCACAGGCGACGAGAAUUCUCCCGGGAACUACGGUAUACUAGAUCAGGCAAUGGCCCUGCGCUGGAUAUACGACAACAUCGAGCCGUUCAACGGUGACCGCCACUCCGUGACACUGUUCGGGCCCGGCGCCGGCGCCGCCUCCGCCGGCCUCUUGGCCGUCGCGCCACAGACGAGGGAUAUCGUCACUAAAGUUAUAGCUCAGAGCGGCUCAGCGCUCGCCGACUGGGCGUUGAUUGAGGAUAAGUUCCGCGUGCAGAACACGUCGUUGGUGUUCGGCCGUUUGCUGGGUUGCCCCAUCGACUCUUCGUGGAAACUCGUCAACUGCCUACGAAUGGGGCGCAGCUUCUACGAGCUCGGCGAUGCAGAGUUUCAGCCUCAAGUGGGAUUCAUCCCAUGGGGGCCAGUGCUGGAGAACAACUUCACGUUCCCGGGUGACGAGUGGUACGAGGGCUGGCGCGAGCGCGACUGGCACUUCUUGGACACCAAGCCGGAAGACUUGAUCCAGAGGAGGCUGUUCAACCCUGCUUUGCGCUACAUGACGGGGGUCACUACACAGGAGGCUGCAUAUUAUUUGUACAACAACAAAUCGCUAGCCCCAAGAUUCGAAAUCAACGAGCCAUGGUUCAACCAGAAGAUCAACGAACUAGUACUACGUUACAACUACACGCUAAAUCCUCGCGGCGUAUACGAAGCCGUUCGAUAUAUGUACACCUACCAUCCUGACCCUCAUAAUGUUAGUGCCAUACGCGACCAGUAU